AUGAAAUUUUUACGGCAAAUAGCUGAUACCGUAAGGAAGUUUUUAAGAUACUUACGAAUAGUAAGAACAUGUUUUUUCAAUUUUUUUAUAAACGUUCAACGUUGUUGCACUUUUUUACUUUUUUGUUAUGUUCGAAGAUUUUGA